AUGACUUCAAUAUUUGUAACCGGAGCCUCUGGAUUCAUCGCUCAACACAUCAUCAAACUCCUCGUGUCCAAAGGCUAUAAGGUCGUUGGUACUGUACGUUCCAGUUCCAAAGGUGCUGAUCUCGUAUCUAAUUUAGGCUCAAAUUUCACUUAUGAAAUCGUACCAGAUAUAAGUAGUCCCAAUGCCUUUGAUGAAGCUCUUAAAACACAUCCAGAAGUAACCGUGGUGUUGCAUACCGCAUCUCCAUUUUUCUUUGAUACAACAGAUCCAGAAAAGGAUCUCAUUAUCCCGGCCAUAAGAGGAACAGAGAACAUCAUGAAUGCCAUAGUUGAAUACGCUCCACAAGUCACUCGUAUGGUGGUGACUCUGAGUGAUGCUGCCAUAUAUUCACUGGUAGAUGAAUGCAACCCUGAAUUGCUGUUUAAUGAGCAAAGUUGGAAUAAUAUCACCUACGAGGAGGCAGUUAAAGAUCCAGUAGCUGCUUAUUAUGGAGCUAAACUGUUUGCUGAAAAACAUGUAUGGAAAUUUCUUAAAGAAUACCCAGGGAAUAAACUCAAUUUCGCUGUUACUAGCGUUAACCCGGUUUAUGUGUUCGGUCCUCAAGCAUUUGAUCUGGAAGUUAAACCCACUUUAAAUACUUCAAACCAGGUUAUCAAGACUUUAAUAGAAUUAGGACCAAAUGAUGCAUUUGAAUUGAAUAUGGGAGGUGCUGUUGAUGUUCGUGAUGUUGCUCUUGCUCAUAUUGCGGGGUUUGAACGUGAAGAUACCAUUGGAAGGAGACUUUUUAUGACCAGUGGUCAAUUUCUGUCCCAAAUGAUGUUAGAUAUCAUUAAUGAGAAUAUUCCUUCUUUGCAGGGGAAGAUUCCAAGGGGAACGCCUGGCUCGGGACCGCAAGAUAUUAGGUCAUUGGCUAAGACAGACAAUUCAGCUACCAGAAACUUGCUUGGAUGGGAAUUCACUCCAUUUAAGAAGACAGUCAUUGAUACUGUUAAUCAAAUACUUCACGUUAAGCCCGUUCCCAAAAUUUAG